AUGUCGACCUUUUACACUGAGCUUGACAAUACCAUCGAUUUAACUCUAUCCAAGAAUGAUGCAAACAAAUAUGGAAUGGUUCUACAAGAUGCCAUAGAAAUAUUUAUAGCUGGUCAGAGUCAGAGACAAGCCCCUGCAGUAGGGGCAGAACGAGAGGUAAAACGGUUGACAAAAGAGUCCAUCAAAGCCGAAGAAGAGUCCAUUUCGCCGACAGGAAAGGAUCAGGUACAAUCUUAUCCAGGAGAAGCAAGGGCCAUUCGAUUAACAAAACAGGAUGCCGAAAGUGUAGACGAACUCAUGUUGCAAAAAGGAACGGACCAUGUUCUAUCUCCAGCGUUGGAAAAAGGGGAAGCAGCAGAAGGACAUUUUAAACAAGAGUCCACCCAAAGUUUUGAUGAAGACUUGUUGCCGAAAGAUUCCAAGAUUCUACCAAGAAUAGAUCUGAAGCUUUUGUCUCUAAGAAAGGCAGAUGACUUUCGUUCAACGAAACAGAACGAAGAAAGUGAAACCCAAAAAAGUAAUGAUCCACCAUCAGAUCAGGACCAGUUGCUUCCGGUUGAGGCGGAGGAAGAAUAUGGCGAUUAUCAGUCCCUUCCGAUAGAGGCAGAGGAAGAGAUAAUUCGUGCGACAAAACAGUCCUUCGAGUCCGUAGACGAAGCCCUUUUACCGCUUGGAUUAUGCCUUGAUGAAGUUAGUAAAGGUUCAGUUAUGUUUAAAUGUAAGCCUACCCGGCCAAAUGCUCUUGAGACGCUUACAUCGUUUUGCAAUUCUGGGCGGAUAAAAGCAGUGAUUUCGGCAUUCUUUAGUGUGCCGAGUGCUCUUGAAAAUCUACCACAAGCAGGAUUUGUACAACGACUUACUAUAGAUGCAGCAUUUGUUGAUUACGAAAAUGAGAGAAAUUUACAAGAUGUCACUCUUAAGUUUCAAAGAUAUUCAGAAAAUGAUACCGAAAAAGAGCAAAAUGACCCGAAGAUCAAAACUAGGAUGAGAAUUGAAAGUACAGACAGUCAUGCCCUUGUUGAAGAUUUUGGAGUACAGACAGUAAUGCGUGUGGGCGAUAUGAAUGCAAGAAGACGUCUAUUAGACUUAUACAUUGAGAGCGAAAAGUGUUUUCUCAAAUGUGUGCCCUUGGUCAUAUCUGAUGUUGUGAACAAAGACUUUUACAAGACAUUGAGAACUCCGAAAUUUGGUAUGUACAGUCUUUCGAGUCAGACAUGA